GGCCCUAAAAGGCCACACCCACACCCUAUGGCGCCACUUUGAUAUUUUCCCUGCCGGAACACCGCUUCCCUUCUCCUCCCAUCUCCACCUCUCCAUCGACACAAUCCUGAUGGCAGGCUAUCCUCCGGGUUCCGGUUACCCACCCUACGGCGCACCACCGGGAAACCCCUAUGGCGCUCCCCCGUCUUACGGCGUUGCGCAGCCACCCUACGCCUCCACCCUGCCCUACGGUGCUCCCGCUCCCACGCCGUCGGCACCGCCGGCCGAAGUGAAGCCCCCGAAGGAAGGUAAGGCACAGGGUUACGGGGGCUACGGGCAGCCUUCUGGGUACUAUGGCCAUCCCCCUCUGGCCGCGUCAGCACCGCCUCCUCCUUUGGGGUCGUACGGCGCCGGCCCGUUCGCGGCUCUGCUGCCAUCGGUGUUUCCUCCGGGGACGGACCCGAACGUGGUGGCGUGCUUCCAGGCUGCGGAUCGGGACGGCAGCGGGUUCAUCGAUGACAAGGAGCUGCAGCAGGCGCUGUCGUCCUACAACCAGAGCUUCAGCUUGAGGACCGUCCAUCUCCUCAUGUACCUCUUCACCUCCUCCAAUGUGCGCAAGAUUGGGCCAAAAGAGUUCUCCGCUGUCUUCUACAGCCUGCAGAAUUGGAGGGCUAUCUUUGAGAGGUUUGACCGUGACCGGAGUGGUAAGAUUGAUACAUCAGAGCUUCGUGAGGCACUUCUGAGCCUUGGGUUUGUGGUUUCUCCGACAGUUCUGGAUUUGCUUGUGGCCAAGUUUGACAAGUCCGGAGGCAAAAGCAAAGCCAUUGAAUACGAUAACUUCAUAGAGUGCUGCCUCACGGUCAAGGGGCUGACGGAGAAGUUCAAGGAGAAGGAUACUCAAUAUUCAGGAUCGGCAACUUUCACCUAUGAGUCUUUCAUGUUAACCGUGUUGCCCUUUCUCAUCGCAUAGGGGUGAUGGCCUUGGUUUCUCCUUGAGAUUGUGUGACAUCACAAUUGUUGCUUGGUGAUAGGCUAUAUUCUAAGCCUUAUGCUUCUAUUAACGUGGGUUGUCUGUGGAACAUCAAGAGAACCCAUUUUGCCA